ACCGGUCGGCGGCGCCCGCGCAGCGCGUCAGUCCCGCGCACCGCGUCAACACUCCACCACGCACGCGCGAUCCGCGCACGCGCAUAAACCAAUACCAUAUCGUGUCAUCACAAAACAUUUUUUAAAUUCUUUUCAAAUAUAUUUGAACUAUUAUCCUUAAGUUUUUUUUCUAGUGUUGUGUCAGUGAAUGUGAAACGGACUGUAUUGUUUUUUUUUUUGUUAGAAAGUGUUCCUACCUGCCAGGAGUGUUUUUCUAUAGUCCACCGAUGGCGCUACGGUGACCGAAGAUGUCCGUCCGCGCAGUAGCGCUAUGGUGCGUGGUGGUCGCGGUGAGCGCACGCGCCGCCGCCUACACCGUCGACUGCAACCACGAGUACACCGAUUGUGAUACUGAACUCAGUAAAAUAACAGGAGAAGAAGAUGACGUCAGAGCUAAUAACAGGCAACCACCACAGGCACAGCGACAACCAACAACAGAGGCUUCAGGUCGACAAGCUCAAUCAACAACACUAACAACAACUAGCACAACUACUACAACAGAACUAUACAUAGAAACAAGUACAGAAAGAAGAAUGGACUCAGAAACUGAGCCAACACCACUAUCAGAAGUCGGUGAUCCAAUACUACCAACACAAGAAAUUAUCAAACCAAGACCGAGACUAUUGCAUCUAAACGUAGACGAACUACAGAACUUUGCUAUUGCACUACACAAUGAAACGAAUGCAAAAGGACAAAAGAAGCAUUUGACAGAUCUCAGUGAUGUUAAUUUGGAUGUUGAUGAUGAUGAUGAGCCGAGGAUGAUACCAGUAGAACAUAAGCAUAAGGAUAUGCCUGAGAAGUUCUAUGCUAAUCUGCAGGCUCCCUUCCAUCCGCUGAUGACGGUGGAACGAGGGUCCGAGGAAAUUGACACGUGUAAAGAGAAUGAGAUUAUUUAUAAGAUAGGAGAACGAAUGGACCGUGGUUGUGAGGAAACGUGCGAGUGCGUAGCGGGAGGAGUAUUCGAUUGCUCUCCUCGCUGCAAGCAUCCUUACAUCCGACGUGGUAGAAGACUGAACGAUCCUCUCUGCUUCGAGUCUCCUGUGGACGAAUGCUGUUCCAUUAUAGCCUGCGCUACUGGAAAUGCAGAAAAUGGAAAGGUAUCGAAGAUAGACGUGUGUCGCUAUGGAAAUGAGACGCAUGCAAUUGGCUCCACCUGGCACAUCGGGUGUGAGCAGAGCUGCACUUGUGAACCAAACUCCGUUGUCACUUGCAAACCCAGAUGCAAACCCCUACCAGUUUCGGACAAGUGCAUCAACGUCCAGGAUCCAAACGACGCGUGCUGUGAGGUCCAGGUGUGUGACGUCAGCCACGAUGCUCACGAGGAACCGGAGAAUGCUACCACUUCCACUACCACUACAACUACCACUACCACCACUAGUACCACUACUGAGAUGAUCAAAGGCUUCGAAGAAUACGACGAGCAAAUUCCAAAUAUCCAAAAUAUCCAAAGACCUCUAGUACUGACGGAACCGAUAGGAUCUGUGAAGGUGCUGCAGAACAACUCCGUCCAGGUCAACCUGAUGCAUUUGAACCAGAGCGAGGAUCCUAUCCACCUUCUCCUAAGCAAUGAUGGUGGAAAGUCCUUCAGCGACGUGGAGUUGAAGUAUUCCAACCUGAUCCUCAAUUUGGAAGGUGGUAAAGACUAUAUACUCAAGACUAAGGAGACUGGAACGAAGUUCAACUUCACUAUUACUGCUUCUGAUAAUGGACUUAAUGAAGUACCUAAUGAGGAUAUCCAUAAUGUGUCCAAAGCUGGGUGUUAUCAUGAUGGGCAGUUUUAUGCUAUUGGUGACGAAUUCCACAUCGGUUGUUCGGAGCUCUGCGAAUGCACUGGUCCGGACACCCACGAGUGUGCAGCACUUGUGUGUCCUUCCCACGUGGGCCUGGAGCUGGUCUCCAAAGGCUGCGUGAGAUGGGCACCCUCACCUCCAGCCACUCCACCCAACUGCUGUCCCAGGUCCGCCAGAUGUUUGAGCGAUGGAACCUGCCAUUAUAAGGGAAUUGCUGUGCCAAAUUGGAGUGAAGUACCAAUAACAUUAACUGGUUGUGAACAACGUUGUUUCUGUGAGAAUGGGGAGCUGGACUGCCAAGAGGUGUGUUCGCCCCUCCCUGCUGUACCUCCUCAGUCACUACGCUGUCCUCCCACUCACCGGCCUGCUCCCGUCAACAUAUCCGACGAGGAUUGCUGCAAGCAGUGGGGAUGUGUACCUCACCCCGCUGGAAAUGGAUCAUCUUUUCAGAGUUUCAACAUGCCUGUUCUCGGUGAAAUGAUGAACUUUGUGACGCCACUACCACCUGAGACACCCACAUCUGCCCCUGUCAUACCCACCCCUCCCUUUACGACUGACGCUGUAGACUACUACAGACACCUUAACCCUGUGAAAUCACUACCAAAAUACCUCAAAACUGUCUUCCCUUCCACAGUCACAGUAGUUGCCCAGUACCAACCUGAAUCAGUUUCCAAACCCUCGCCUAGUACUCAAGGAGACAAUAUCACAGUAUUCUCCCUCAACGAUGUCGAUGCCAAAUUCAAAACUAUUCAUCCCGAGCCACCCCUCGUUGGUACCCAUGAUAACUGGGACCUACAGCACCGAAAACAAGAACACCCAAAACUGCCAGAUUCUUAUAGAAAACCACUCCCACCUCCCACUUACCAACAAACUCGCGGUGACCAGCACAUUAACUACAUUACCCCAGAUAUGAAACUACACGAAUUCUUUCAUAGGCCUCCUCCGCCUACCCCACGCCCACUCCAACAGUCCGCAGAAACAGGACCAGUUAAAUCAGUGUAUGAGCCGGUUAGGAAAGUGCCCAUCUCUAGAAUAGAAAAUCUUAACUUCUUUCUACCUUCGCUCGAAAGACGACCGUUAUCCGAAUUCACUAAAAGCCACAGUGAGAUGAAAUCUAACACUAUGUCCGAUAUGCAUGUGCCGAACUUAUUCGAACCCGUUAUACAAAAUAACACUGGAGACUUCCAUAUUCCUCACGUGAUCCUCCCCCAAAGUAGUGGUCGAGACCAGGCAUUUAGGAAGCAUGUGACAAUACUUAAAACUAAGGACAUGAAGAGCCCAAAACCGACUGAAAUGUACCAUGACGUGUUGUGGGAGGACGAUAGCAAAGCACACCAUGUGUUGACUAAAGACCCAAAUCCUUAUGAGACUGUGCUACUAAGACCUGUGCUUAACUCUAAGCCUGACGUCGCCUCAACAUAUACUCAAAACUCGAAGGCGACCCACAUGGGUACUAAGACGUACACGACACUGGAUUUAGAGCAUUUGCUCAAUCAGAUGGAUGUGGAGACUGUAGCGAAUAAGAACCUGGGACGGUCGGCAGACAAAGAUCCGGGGGACCCGGCAGGUCACACGACAACGGAUGGGCCAUCUCUGCAGUCAUUCCUUCCAACCAUACCUCCUGAGAUCCACUUCCCUCACGAUGAUAACAUUCCGGACUACGACCAGAACAACAUCCACAGGCCUAUGGGUCCUGGGGAGCCUGCAUUGCAGGGUCUACCACCAGGUCUGACCCUACCUCCAGGGUAUGGAGACAUGAACAAGAAGCUGACUGUUAUUUCUCUGCAAGCGGACUCUCCUACAAGUGUGAAGAUGCUGUUUGGACUUCCACCUGUGCUGGUGGGAUUGAGAGGCAGUGUCGAUUUGAGAUAUACUGAUAAGGCCGACGAAGACAUCGCCCAUUGGUUCUCGCAAGUGUUCGCGCCAGCAGACGAGAUCCUGACCACUCCUCGUCUAGAGUUCAGACUGACGGGUCUCUCUCCCGGCACAACGUACAAGAUCAGAGGAAAGCUGUACCUCCACAACCUUCCAGUGGAACCAGAAAGUGAAAUCUAUACAGUUCGGACUCUGGAUUCACCUUCGGCGACUCCAACAGUAGAAGAGAAACGCCGUGAGAUAGACAGCCGGCUGACGAUCGUGGAUGUCAAUGACACCGUGGCUCACGUCACGUGGAGACGGUUCGGCGAGGACGAGCUGCAGUUCAUAGACGCUAUACAAGUCAGAUACCGUCCAGUGGGCACUCCAAUCUACAGCAUGACAGAACUCCUACACCACAGCCGGUCCACGGCUGAGCUGCAUGACUUGCGCCCUGGUAGUCGGUAUGAGGCAUCUCUCGUGUUGGUACCGCCUCCGAAAGCUACCACUGAGCUGGUCGAUCCUGGUAGAAUUGAGUUCACCACCGCUCCUUAUGUUGACCCAUACAACUGGACGGUGACCAUCGAGGCUCGCACGGUUGGCUCAGAAGCUGCAGAAGUAUGGUGGCGUGGUAUCCCAUCACCAGCUGAGCGCUGGGUUCGAGUCUACCGUGGAGCUCAUGCAUGUGGAUCUAAGAGGGAACAGGAUGAAUUCCGUCUGGCUACCAGGGAUCUACCUCCUGCUAUCACUCUUACUGGGCUGCAGCCUAACACUAAAUGUCGUGUGUGGCUGGAAAUGUUCCUGACGAACGGUAAAGUGAAGACUAGUAAUGUUUUGGAGAUUAACACAAAACAUGAAGACUCUCCCGAGCCUAUAGACAACGAGAUAGAAGCAUCAUCAGUGGCCAGUCGUCACCGCGGCGACUACUACGGCGCGCUGGUGGGGGUGGGGGCGGUGGCUGCCCUCGGCGCCCUCACCUCGCUGCUGCUACUCCUUGUGGUGCUUCGGAGACAUCGACCACGAUCCGUGCCUAUCACUACUGUGCCAUCUGCUCCUCGAGAGUCGUCGCUCCCGCCGUACGACAACCCAGCAUACAAACUAGAGUUACAACAGGAAACCAUGGACCUCUGACAGUUAAGUUCCCGUGGGCACCUGAAUGGCCUCAACGGGAUCUCGGAGCGCGGCGUUGAUGUAGACAUGCACAACGGCAGGCCAUACAACGAGAUGGGUGUAUGAGCCCAUACAACCAACCAAACAGACCAAUACCUGUUUACUAAUACAAUAAAAUAAAAUAACUACACGAACUUUUAAAAUGUGUUUGUGAGAUACCAUACAACAUUCAUACAAAUAAAUAAAGGGUGUAUAUAACAACCCCGUACAAAAGUUGUAUGGCCAAGAAUGUGGGAGUAAAUAAAUUAAUAACAAAAAAAAAUUUCAUGGGACCAUACAAUAAUGUGACUUUACUAAAAAAAACUGUGAAUUAAAGUGAAACAGUGAUGGACGGACGAAAGUUUUUGUACGUAUUUGUAUGUUUUACAUGGGUUUAAGUGUUCUGUACCUUAAUUUAAUCAAAUUUGUAUAAAAUAAGGUAGCGAAAACCAUACAAAAAUGUAUGGAAUUUAAUUAUUAUGUUCUUAAUAUAAGUGCUAUGAAAUUCGUUACAAUUCAAUUAAAAAAUGUGUAAACAUAAAGUUAUAUGUCAUAGUAAGUAGCAGAUUCCUUAUAUUAAAAUGUAGUAGAAUAAUUAAUUUCUUCCCCAUAAAUUAAUUAAUCAUAAAAAAAUACCCGAUGUGAUAUCCCAUAAAUAGAUAAGCUGUCACUUUUGUAUUGUAUUGUAUUUAAAUAAUUUUAUUAUGCAUCGAAAUACAAUCAGCCUAAGUAAUUGCAAACCUAAGAUAUUUUUUUAAAUGUGACUUUGCCGUCUGUCGACGCAAUCGGAUUCUAUUACGGCUUUUAUUUCAUCCUAUUUAUAUAUACCUAUCUGUAUUUAGUAUGUCUAUAUUUUUUAAGUAUGUAAGAUUCGUAGCAAAUGGUGUUCCAUUGUCUCUGCCUACCCCCAUGGGGGACAGGUUAUCUAUGUAUCUAUGUAUGUUUAUUUCUUAGUUAAAUUAAUGAUAAAACUAUUCUGUGCCUUUGAUUCGAAUCAACUUUUUUUUCUUACCUCUUUUAUAUUUAUUUAUUUCUUCUUGAUUAUUACCGGCGACGGCUUAGCGAGACUAAGAUAUAUUCCAUAUGUGUAUAUAGUGUAAUAAAUAGAUUUUGUACUUAAUUCCAAUACCUUGUGUAUAGCUAUAACUAUUGUAAAAUAAACAAACUGCCCGAUACAUUUGUUAAUGAAAAUUAAAUGUUGAAAAAUUA